AUGUUCAACUUCAGAUGCAUCCAGAAGUUACUACAGUACAUAAAAUUUUUUAUCUUUUUAAUUAUCGAGAACACCUUCUGUUUAUUUCCUCUCCGCAAAAAAAAAUAUUUUGAUGGUGAAAUAGUACUUAUUACUGGCUCUGCAAAUGGGAUUGGAAGGCUGGUUGCCUUAAAAUUAGCUCCUUUGGGAGUAACCUUAGUGCUUUGGGACAUCGAUGAUGAAGGUAACAAAGAAACAAGCAGAUUGGCCCAACAAAAUGGAGCCAACCGGGUGUUUGUCUACCACUGUGACUGCAGCAGGAGGGAGGAGGUCUAUGAACAGGCAGACAAGGUUAGAAAAGAAGUUGGGGAUGUUACUAUUCUAAUCAAUAAUGCUGGCAUACUGAUUGGGAAAAAGUUCUGUGAUCUUACAGAUGAAGACUUUGAAAAGACCUUCAGAAUCAACUUCUUUGCUCAAGUCUGGACUUGUAAGGCCUUUCUUCCAGCCAUGGUGGCCUGUAACCGUGGGCACUUGAUUAACACAGCCAGUGGAGGUGGAAUAAUGGGAUUCUACAGGCUGUCGGAUUAUGGAGCAAGUAAGGCUGCAAUCAUUGCAAUGAUGGAAGCCAUAAAUUCAGAACUGUAUCAUGGAGGAAAACGAGGCAUUAAAACCACAAUCAUUUGCCCUUAUUUCAUUAGUACCAGGUUAAGCAAAGGCUUCAAAAGCGCGAGACCUUGUUUGUUUCCUGUUUAUGAUCCUGAGUAUGCAGCCAGUAGGAUCGUGGAUGCAAUUAAAAAGGAGAAAUUUUAUCUGAUCAUGCCUCCAGCUGUAUACUUACUUGGUCUCAAAAUUUUCCUUCCUAGAAAAGCAGUGCUAUGGCUCGAGUCUUAUGUCAAGUUCCCUGAGAGCAUGGAAGAAGCCUUUGCUCAGAAGAAAAAGGAUUGA